GUACAUUAGCUGCGUGAGUUCUGGGCUGGAGCAGAGAGAACAGUCAAAGAAGAAGGAAGAGAAAGAGAGCGGAGGACCGUGCAGACCGUAUGGCACUGAUGGGACGAACGGAUAUUUAACCAAUCGCGUGGGUAGCGCACAGACACCGCAUUCCAUGCCUUUCCUCUGCCUCGUCAUUGAUGGGAAAUCAACUGGAUCGGAUCACCCACCUAAACUACAGCGAGCUGCCCACGGGGGAUCCGUCCGGGGUGGAGAAGGACGAGCUUCGGGUCGGCGUGGCCUAUUUCUUCUCCGACGAGGAGGAGGAGGUGGACGACCGCUCUCCAUCAGACGGCUUCACCAAGGACCUGAGCCCCACCAAGGACGGGCCCGUGGAGGUCAGCGAGGUGGAGUACUCCGCCUUUUGCUCACAGGAAUGCAUCUUUUCCAAACUCCGAGAGAACGAGGACCUGAAUGUGUACUCAGCCAAAACUUUGCUCACUAUGUGCAAGCCGGGAGACCUGCUGGAACUAGUGGCAACCGCACAGGCACCGCACUGGGCUAUUUACGAGCGGAACGACCAGGUUAUCCACCUCCACAAGGGCGAGAUUCGCAAGGACAGCCUGCUUGAGAUUAGCAACGGGCGGCACGGGAGGGUGGUCAACAACCGUUAUCGUUACCGGCCGCUGCCCGCUGACCUGGUGAUGCAAAACGCAGCCGGACACCUUGGUUUGAGCAGCGGGGAGAUAUGCUGGACUAAUUCGGAAAGUUUCGCCGCUUGGUGUCGUUUUGGGAAGCGGGAGUUCAAAGCAGGAGGCGAGGCGCAUUCCGCGGAGCAGCGGUAUUUUCUCAAGGUCCACUUGUCCGGAAGCGGGGUGCACACACUUGUCUUUCGGAGCCUGGAGGAGAUGAUACGGGAGAGGAGGCGAGUGGACGCCAGCGGAAUUCUGAAAGAGUUGUCUUUGGUCAACGGGGGAAAGGAGUGAUUUGGAAUUCUGUUUGAUGGCUCCCCUUCCCUCUUCUCUUCUCUCCCCAAAUCGCUAGAGAUGCGCGCACACACAGACCUGUUGGGUUUGAACGCUGCGUGCAUUUCGAAGACCGAGGCUUCGAGGGCUGCGUCUAAAAAGCUUACACACAGUUGGAUUUGCUGUGAACAUAUCGGACACAGAGAAAAAAAAUGACUAUAACUGGUGAAAACGUCCAUGUAAACACAAUUAUGUCCAUCCUUUAUUUUAAGGGGUGGGGACACGCGUUCUGUCUACUCCGUUGGCCCAACAUUGACCUUGUACCUCUACCCACAUAGCACACCGACAACGCUUGUUUUUCGAGGAUAGUGGAAUUCGCCCCUCUGCAUUGGGAGCGUGCUGCGGCAGACUAUAGGUGAGAGAGAGGGGGGUUGUUUGAUAGCACCGGAGACACUCCGUUAUAUUUUUUUACUCUUAGCUUUAACAUAACUUAAGAAUGCCGGGGCGAAUCGACAAACCCAAUCGUUCUGCCAUAGCAGUAGCCUAACAGGCAGUCCUUACAGCUAUGUACGCAGUUGCCUAAACAAAACAUUGGCUGUUUGAACCCUUGUCUUUGGAAAAUAUUGUCAUUUUCCCACACGUGUGUGUUUCUCAAAGGUGUAUUCAUACAUUGCUUUGGAUUUGAGUCCCCAUAUUUUUGUAUUUGAGUUAGUGACUUUGUUUUCCGGUUGAAAAUAAACAGAGGUUGCGAUAUGAAAAGCA